AGUGCGUGGGUGAAGAAGAGUGAAGAAGCUGACUAAAACCGAGGAUUAUGAUUGGAUAUACGCUGCUGUUCCUGGCAUUUCUGGCCUUUGCGCAGGCGCAAAUGCUGAAUGACACAAGUGGAGUUGUUGGUCAGGAGCCUGGCCUUUGGCGCCAAGGCAGAAGGAGGAGUGUCCUGGCGGACAGCUGCCUCACCAACAGCGGCACCACCGGCACCUGCCUCACCCGCUUCAAGUGCAUGCGGCAAUCGGGCACCGUCAAUGGAUAUUGUGGCACCUACGGCGUCUGCUGUGAAACUAACAUUCAAGUGGGCUCCUCUACGCGCCAGAAGAGAACGAUUAUCAGGAAUCCUGGCACUUUGUCCAGCGAUUUGAAUACCUACACCAUCGAGGCUUUCAGCAGCAAUGUGCAGCAGUUGCGCAUCGACUUCGAGCAGUUCGUGAUGCAACAGCCCACGGAAACGGACGGAGUCCUGGAGUGCCAGGACUAUUUCGAGGCGGGUGGCUUCAAGUUGUGUGGCGUGAACGAUGGCCAGCACCUGUACUUGCCCUUCAAUGCGGCUGCGGGUGUGGAUCAGGUGACCCUCACGUUUGCGGUGACCACCAGGGGAACUGCGCCCGUUUGGAGGCUAAUUGUAACCCAGCUGGAGGGGCCACCGAUGAACACCAAACGGCGUUCCAGCACUUCUGCCGCUCUAGGAAGCUCCACCAAUUCCCUGCAGGAUCUGCGCGACAUCUUCGCCUCCCAUCACGCCGACUACGAGCUACUGGCUCCGUCGGGCUGCCAGCAGUACUACACCGAUCUAACUGGCACCAUUCGCAGCUUCAACUUCCAGUCUUCAGGCACCAGCAACUAUAUGCCCGAUCUGAGCUACAACAUCUGCAUCAAGUCUGCGGGCAGCGCCAGCAUGAUUGAGUACUCCUUCAGCAAGUUCUCGAUGUCGGUGCAGUCGGAGACGGGGGAGGGGUACGACGAGUUCUGCCACGCCACUGUCCACACAGCUGGAAGGCAGGAGGACUAUUUGAUGAUACCGCAGGGCAUUCUGGCCAAGAACAUGGCCUACCAGCCCACCUACUACUGCGGCACCAACAACAACCUGCUGGUCUAUGCCUCGCCGCCCUAUUUAAUGCACUUCUCCAGCGAUGAGCUCACCUUGAAUCCGGACGUGGAGACGGGCUUCAGUAUGACCUACCGCCUGAGGAACUCGCUCCUUUAAACGCUCUUAUAUUCUCUAAUAAGUUUGGAUAGUUUCUUGCCUAAGAUUUA